UUGAGAUUUUCUUUGAAGAUCUAUACAUUCCUUCCUACGGAAGUUGUUUCUUGGCAAUAUUAUACUUUGUGUGAGACCUUACGGCUAAUUCGAGUUACUGUUCCCAGAGAUUUGAUCAAGUGAAAAUGAAGACCACGAGAAAAAUCCUUAUUUUUGCUUUCGUGAAUGCAGUGCUCCUAUUGGCAAAGUUUGAAACGACAGCGACAAGUGAUGACAACAGCCAGUCACAUUGUUCCGCUGAAGGAAAGUGUACCCCGGAUGAAAAUGCCCAUCUUCAUGACGCCGAAGCAUCAACUGAACAUGAGCAAACAUCGCGUUACCUCAGAGAUUCGGCCCCUUUGGUACCCGAUGGCAAAGAGCCCAUCUUGAUAUGGUGGACAAGUGAUCUCUUUCCACAUGACCGUCGACAAAAGAAUCACCAGAUUGUUUGCGAUAAAGGCUCGUGCGUGACCUCGAUAGACCGCGAGCUCCAAAACGACCCCGCCACACGCGCGUUUAUCUUUUACGGUACAGACCUCCGCGCCGACGACUUGCCACUCCCGCGCAGGCCCUGGGACGAGUGGGCAAUCUUUCACGAGGAGUCGCCAAAGAAUAACUGGAUGCUGACAUACGAGGACGCCCUCGUUCUUUUUAAUCACACUGCCACAUUUCGCCGUGAGUCUGACUAUCCACUGUCCACUCACUACAUCAAAGAUCUGAAAGAGUGGACGGAUGCGCCUGCGGUACCCAUCGAAGAGAAAAACAGGUUACAAAUAGAGAAGGGUCUCGCGCCUAUUGUGUAUGUACAAAGUGACUGCUACACACCGUCAGACCGCGAGAGAUACGUUAAAGAACUUAUGAAGUAUAUUGAUAUUGACUCGUACGGUCGCUGCCUGAAUAACAGAAAAAUGCCCGCAGAGAUUGACGGCUUCUUGAAGCUUCAGGAUCCAGCUUAUUACAAGUUUCUUGCUCAGUAUAAAUUCAACAUCGCGUUCGAGAAUGCCAUUUGCAACGAUUACAUGACUGAGAAGUUGUUCCGACCGUUUCAAGUUGGCGCGGUGCCUAUAGUGAUGGGAUCGCCUGUGGCAAAAGAUUGGAUGCCCAACGAGCGAUCGGGGAUUUUUGUGAGCGACUUCAGUCAUCCAAAAGAACUCGCGGAGUUUUUAAAGCACCUUAAUUCGAACGAUGCUGAGUACGCGAAGUUUUUAGAGUACAAAGAUCCAAAGCGAAUCACGAACGAGUUUCUACACAAGGCUUUGAAAGGAAGACCGUGGCGUGUAUUGGGGGAAUGGGACAAAGUAAAUUUCGGUCAUCGUAUGUACGCUGGCUUUGAGUGUCACGUGUGCGACCGCGUCCUUGAACGACAAGAAGCACUACGGGCUCAUCAGAAGGAUCCAAACCGAAAUCCACCGCCUCCCCCUCGGUUUGCUAAUAAGGAGCACCUCGAGUGUCCCGAGCCAACGGUUUCCUUAGCAACUUCAGAGAGGGUGAACAAGAGUGUGAAUUACUGGGAAGGGUUGUAUGAAGCGCGGGCACUGAAGGAAAUGGUUUCAAAUGGAGAGACAAAUAGCACAAAAUUUAUAUCAAAAUACUUGAAAAGAAGAACCGACAAAUACGACAAAUGGAUUCAUUGAUAUUCUUUCCAACUUAGUUCAAUUAAGGUAGUUAGGAUUUCCAUGAUAGGAUCUCUAAUAGAAGUUACACAAAUUAUUAUACAAUAUAUAGAAAAAAAACAAUCUAGAAAAUGAAAGCAGAUUUUUUUAUAUUUCUUUCGUUCCGUGGUCGUAUUGUAUGUGACAGCAUUUUCUAAAGUUUUGGUUUUCAGUUUUCUCUCAGGGAAGGGCAAAGUCUUGAUGUCGAUGUGGAAGUUUUUGUUUUCGAGUGAUCUUUUUACAUGCCAACGUAAACCCCAAAUAUACUAAAUUAUGUUUUCUCUCGCAUUAAAGGCAUCCAUCAUCCCCUGCAUUACAACAGAAUAUCAAAUCGAAAAGACAAGUGGUGAACAUCUCGACAUCUCUUUACACCCUAGCAUCAUAUUCUCUGUUCUGUUCUCUUGAUAGUUCUCAUCGUUGACAAGGAGAAUUUGUUUAACAAUCGAGGGUUUUCAAGUCAGUGAUCAUUUCCUAUAUUUCUAUCACCUUGAUAUCUGAGUCAUUAGUAAAACUAUCGGGAUAUAAAUGUUUAUUUUUUUUGCCCACCUUUCGCUUGUGACACUCUCGUGGCGAUUUACGUUACGCUCAUCCAUCCUCGCAUGAAAAACGCAAAAAUGUAAGUUGGUCAACAAAAUGAAACAUGAUAAAAUAAAACCUUGUUCUACAGACGAAACAACUAACCCAAGGGACCAUAUGUUGCGCUCUGACUGUUUAGGUUAAAUGACAACGCCAUCCAAUGAUUUUAAUUUUCACUUUUUCCUUUCAUCUUCGUUUUCUUCAAGGUGAAUCCAAGAUGUGAUAAACUCCUUUUGCGUUCUUUUGAAGUCGCCUUCGCUUUUUAAGAGCAAAAACGCCUUAGUUUUUUGGCGUUUUGACCCUCCACGAGUGAACAACAAUGUGUCUUGCGUAAUCUUCAUUUUUGCGUUCUUUAUUUAUUUAUCUUUAUUUGCAAUAUUUUAACAGGUUGGCCCAGUUUAGCUUAAAGCUGGUUUAAAUGGGAGCCUCUACCCUCCUUUCGUGAAAUAUUAACAAUGUGAUUUCAUCAUUCUAAGUUUUAUUCAU